AUAUAAAUUGAUUUUCUGUCGUUUAUAUAUUCAAUUACUCAUUAACAAGCCACAGAGCUAUGACUGUAAGACUUAUUAACUUGUAUUUGUUUUGUACAUUCCGUACGUAGCUAAUCAGAGAUAGGAAUUUAAGAGGAAUUCAUUACUUGUGAUAGGAGAUAAGAAAGAUUAUAAUUUGGUUUGCAUUUUGGAAUUGUUUUAACGACUAAGACACAUCGAAAAUGCUUCUAAGUUCAGUGAAUUUUGUUGCUAAAACGAAGGCAGUGAAAUACAAGGAUAAACCAGAAAAGAAAAAUGAGAAGAAAAUCGAGGAAGAGAAAGAACUAACAGCUAAAACCUGCAAGAAAUGUCAGGAAGAGAUUGAGGAGGAAGGCAAAAUAUUCCGUUUCCCAACUACGUCAUCAUACAAUUCAGGGAUCAGCUUUAGUUCCUCAGGUUACAACAGCGAAGAAAACCUUGACUUUAGCCAGUUUCCUGGAGAUCGUGUCAACAUAGCAACGGGGGACGACCUCUGUUUGACCGUGGAACAAUUCUUUUACACCAUUGGCCUACGUGACAAAGCAAAGUCGGACAGCACAUGCAUAUUUCGGAAGAAAGUUCUAGACCGCCAACCAUUACCCAAUGGCUGCAUGGAAACGGUUGUUUUUGCACUAGACUGUGACCAGGAAUUCUACUUAACAACUUCUAAAAAUAGAGAUUUGGAACUGAAUUUUUCUUCUGUUGACCCAUGCCUAGAUAGUCCAGAUGAAAGAACGUUCUUGGUAUACUUCACGGGUAUUGGCCAUUGCUUCAUCCAGCCGAAACUCCACAAAAACAUGUAUCUUCACCACAUCGAUCAGGCAUUGAGCAUUCAGCCAUUAGACUUAAAUUGGAGGUGCCCGGAAGAAUACUUUUUUAACUUCAGCGCUGUUCCCGAGCCGUAUGUCAAACCUAAAAAGGACCCGAAAGUGUGUACGCAUAUACAGGAAAUUCAAAAAGAAAUCGCAAGCACAAAUAAAGGAACAACGAAGGAAACCUCGACGCAAGAACUCGUGAAAACAAUUACCGCGGAGGUUCUAAGACAUAACAUUCGGUCUGAAAUUCCGGAUUUUCUUCCAUCCAAAAAAUCCCGAAAUGGACGGCGUUUAUUGGCAGGAUUAUUAUUUGGGUGCUUCAGUGCAAAGAGCAAUAAAUUGACUACAACUGAAGUUUGAUGCUAAAUAGACAGAGUAGUUCAAAUCUAAUAGUGCUAAAUAUCCGUCCAUGAUUUCAUUUUUGUUCAUGAUUUAUCAUAAGGUGCUUAUUAUUUUCUUAUACAUUUUUGGUCAAACGAAAUCCAAGAUAUAGUGUUAACGAGUUAUUAAAGACUUUGUUAAACAUGUGCUAGUAUCUUAGUGCCUCAAAUAUAGUAACAAUUCAAAUCCAAUGUCUCACUAGGGGUUGGGUGGCGGGGGGGGGGGACCUCAUAUGGGGGUUUUAAGGAGAAAGUGUUUUCUCGGGUGUUUAAGUGAAAUGUUGAUUAUGUUAUAUUUAAUGUUAUUUAUUUACAAUCAAGAGGAUAAUGUUAUAUUUGUAUUUAUCAAAAUCGCGACAUCUUUGCUUCUGUUUGUGAAGGUCCUGUUUGUUAUUGUACUCAACUGUUUAUUUGACCUUGACACUAUCGGUGUUAGGGGCGUUGUUAUUUUUUGUCAUAGUAUUUUUUUUUUGGUGUUUAUAUGUCGUACUCGACCACAGCACGUUUUGUGUUAACGUAUAGAUUAUUACAAUGUUUGUUAGAAAUCUUUGUCACGAGAAAGGGGACUGUUUUGUCACAUUGAAAAAAAAUAUAUAUACAUGAACUGAAUCAUUUGGUCUUACAUUGGCACCAAUUGAAAUCUUGCUUUUUCUCAGCCUUCAUUUUGGACACUAGAACUUCAGCUUUUUUCUCUUUUUUUCAAGAUUUUAUUUAAAAAAGGGGGACAAACAGUACUCUUUUUCGUGACCUUUUGUAUAAUCUUUUUCUUAUUUGUAUCCAUUUUGACGAGAGUGUUUCUUAUGGGCUCCAUGUAUAUUGUCUUAAGAGUUUCUGUUAGUUAAAAUAUUUACGUUUGUACAAGUCAACGUCCGCGUUUUUUGUGGGAAUCAGAUAAAUAUAGGAAUAGGUUUUAGUAACUGUUAUAUUUAUAGUAUGUACAGUAUAUGUAUUAUUUAUUUGUUGGUUGCAAUUGUCAACUGUAAAACGUCCGCGUUUUUGUGGUAAACCAUUAUGUACAUAUUUAGGAAAAUAGUUAAGUUUUCUUGAUGUAUGAUUUAAGCCAUAUAUCUUCCAGGAUAGGUUGAUAAAUAAAACUGUUUAUAUAUAGGAGAGAGGUGGCGAUUGAACGGCAUUUCAAAGGCCUACUCUCCUUUCAUUUAUGUGGUUAUGUCACGUCAGAUGAAUUAUUGAGAACAAAAGAUAAACCGUAUAAGACACGUGAAUGUGUAAAACAUAUAUAUUUAUAUCAUAAACAAAAUGAUUAGUUUGCUGUCUUUUAUAAAGUCACAUUUUCUGAAUACCUUAUUCUUCGCGUGACUUUUAAUUUCCUCGCGUGCGCAACUUCAAUCUCAUUAGAUAAUAUCUAAUCAAGCGUUCCGGGAAUCAGGGUGACGGAAACGCUUGUCAGUGUUUCAUUUACCAGACGACAUUUUAGAGAGAUUCAUGACAUGAAGUUUGGUCAUUUGAUUGGUCAAACAUGCAAUAUAACGAGUGUUCUAAUUAUGGUAACACUGUAUUAUGUGUUCUAAAAUUGCUAAACAGAAAAUUUCGGAAAGUAUGUAUUAUUUUAAUGCAUAGAAGUGGUGGCGGUCUAAUAUUCUAAAACAAGACAUUUCCUUACGGGAAUAAAAGCCGUUUGUUUGUAGGAAUUAACCGUAAGAUUUAAUAUCUAAUCAUAACAAAAUACAUGUUGGCAAUGUAUAAUGUACUUGGUAGGGACUAAUAUUUUCCCAUAGAACCAUUUACUACAAGAUUUUAUUGUUAAGAGUUUUUGCUUUAAUAGAGGAAAUGAUUUCGUAGCUACUUAAGAAAAUUUUGAUAAUUUCGCACGAAUUUCGUGAAUAGUAGGUUGUGUGUAUGCAUACAUGGUGAAUUAUCUUUUGUUUUAGAUUUUAAGUUAUUGUGCUCGUGCGGUAUGAGAAUUUAAUAUAGUUUCGUUUAGACAUUGUCAAAAUCAGUGGCACUUGAAAACGCACGAGAGAACGAAAUUUCGUUGAUAUAGUUCUAGCUUUCAAAGGAGUAAAAUUUCGCAUCUAAACAAGAUACUGUGAUAUAUUUAUGCAAAAAAUGCAUUUUUGAUAUUUUGUGCAAUAUAAGACUUCAUAUAUCUGUUAUCAUUCCAUGUUCAUCGUUACCAUAGCAACGAUAUCUGUUGUAUAUGAUCACAAAUUAUCGAUCUUUUCCUCAAGCAAUUUAUUUAAAGAUAUAUUGAAUAGCAUUAUUUCAUUAGCGUACACAUUUUUCAGAUUAAAAACGCUUGGGGAUUUUUCUUCUUCUCUUUUUUCUAGAACAUUUUUGUUAAUUAUAUCAUUUUAAGCUAGACAGAUUUUCUGUUGAGGUGUUAUAUUUCAGAGCUCAGCUGUAUUGUCCACAUUCUUGAUUCGUGAUGAAAUAAAAUGCCAUCAGAACAGCUGAUGUACUAUUAUUGCAUUUGACAUUUUAUAAGAACAACCCUGAAUUUUUGCUGACAAAAAUUAUACUAUAGUAGUAUGUUCAAAUAUACAGUAUGUUGUGAUCAACAUCAUCAUCAUCAUCAUCAUCAUCACCUUUUUCAUCAUCAAUUUCUUCUCAUUCAUCGCCAUCAUCAUCAGCAGCAUCAUCAACAACAACUUUUCUUCAUCAUCAUCGUCAUCAUCAUCAUCAGCAUCAUCAUUUAUUUUAAUUUUUUUUACAUUCCAAAACAAAUUUACAUUAAGGAAGAUCUGAAAAUUUGGCAACCAAACUCAAAUAAAGAAGGAAAAAAACAAGAAAAAAAUCUAAAAAUGUUUUCUUUUUAUAACAGCCCUUGAUUUGUUUAUAUCUGAAUGAAAUAAUAAAGUCUUACUAAAAGUAUGGUUUAGGUUUGAUAUUUUAUAUUAUUUUCUAUAAAGAAUUAUUUUUCUAGUCAGAAAAAAAAGAUGUUUAAGCAUUUAAUAUUGUAACGAUGUUGAUGUUAUGAAAUGAUUUUAAUGCAGUAUUGUUGUUGAUGUUGUUGUUGUUAUGGAAAAAAAUAAAACAAGAAAAUAAGAAUA